AGAAGAGUAAAACACCAGACACACUGACAUUAACACUGAUUGAUUCAGGUGAUGUCUUUCAUCCUCGCUGCAGGAUGCAUGUAGGCGUUUGAAUGGGCUACUAGAUGGGAAAUAAAGAGGGUAUUAUGCCUUUUGAAAAUGUUACAGUAUAAUUGAGUCCUUGGGUUAUAAGAGGUGACAGGGGUGGAAGUUCGCCAUAGUCUGUGAACAAAAGUCCAGUGUUUUAUGCCGUUUCUACAGCCCACUGAACUCAACAAAGCAGUCAAUGUUGGAUUGAAAAAAGGACAGGAAGUGAGAAACAACUCCUACAGAGAAUCCUGUGAUUCCGGGAAGUUGCAUGUGCAGGAGUGGCAGAAGGAAUGGGAUACCCGGGCAGAACAGUGAGGGGAUGGAGAGGAUGGAAAGGGUGGACGCUCCUGGUUUGGGUCGCCGCUGUCAGCUUGAUCUUAGCGGACGGACGGAGAGUGAGGCAGCCCAGAUGCCCCUCUGGAUGUACCUGCACCAAAGAUAAUGCCCUGUGUGAAAGUGUCCGAUCUGUGCCUCACACUUUCCCCUCCGACGUCGUUUCACUAUCUUUUGUCAAGUCUGGAUUUAAUGAAAUCACUGGAGGAAGCUUUGUUCACACACCUGCCCUGCAACUGCUAUUGUUCACAGCAAAUUCAUUUGACCUAAUUGAUGAGGAUGCGUUCCAAGGUUUACCACAUCUUGAAUAUCUAUUUAUUGAAAAUAACAAGAUUGCAUCAAUAUCCCCAUAUGCCUUCCGGGGCCUUAAAGCACUGAUACAUCUGAGUCUGGCUUACAACAACCUUGAGACGCUACCCAAAGAUGUUUUCAAAGGCAUGGACGCUUUGACUAAAGUAGAUCUGCGAGGCAACAACCUGGUAUGUGACUGUAAGCUCAAGUGGCUGGUGGAGUGGAUGCACCACACCAACGCCACCCUGGACCAGAUCUACUGCAGUGGGCCACCUAUUCACCAGGGGAAGAAAAUCAACGACCUGCUGCCACAUUCUUUUGACUGCAUCACAGCAGAGUUUGCCUCCUAUCAGUCGCUGAAGUUUGAGUCUAUUUCGGUGGAGGCCUUCACCUUUGGUAAAGAUCAGUAUGUUGUGUUUGCCCAACCGUUUGCUGGAACAUGCAGCUUCCUGGAAUGGGAUCACGUUGAGAUGACCUUCAGAACCUACGACACCAUUGAAAGCACCUCUACUGUGGUCUGCAAGCCCAUGGUGAUUGACAACCACCUCUUUGUCAUUGUGGCCCAGUUGUUUGGCGGCUCCCACAUUUACAAACGUGACACCUCCGCCAACAAGUUCAUCAAGAUCCAGGACAUCGACAUCCUGAAGAUUCGCAAACCCAAUGACAUCGAGACCUUCAUGGUCGACGGAGAGUCAUUCUUUGUCAUCGCCGACAGCUCUAAGGCCGGCUCCACAACAGUGUACAAAUGGAACGGCAAUGGGUUCUACUCCCACCAGUCACUCCACCCAUGGUUCCGGGACACAGAUGUUGAAUAUUUGGAGAUCUCCAGCAAACCCCACCUGAUCUUGUCCAGCAGCUCCCAGAGGCCAGUUGUGUACCAGUGGAACAGGAGCCAGAAACAGUUUGACCGCAGAACUGACAUACCAGAGAUGGAGGACGUCUUCUCCGUCAAACACUUUCAGGUUAAAGGUGAACUGUUUAUAUGCUUGACAAGAUUCAUCGGGGACUCCAAGGUGAUGCGCUGGGAUGGUGCCAUGUUCAAAGAGGUCCAGACAUUUCCUUCCCGUGGCUCAAUGGUGUUCCAGCCCGUCUCCAUCGGCAACUGGCAGUAUGCCAUCUUGGGCAGCGAUUAUUCACUGACGCAGGUCUACCAAUGGGACACCAAGAGGGGCCAGUUUGUCCCAUCUCAGGAGCUGAAUAUCCAGUCGCCUCGAGCAUUUUCUCUGGUAUCUAUUGACGACCGGGUGUUCCUGCUUGCAUCCAGCUUCAAGGGAAAAACUCAGAUAUAUGAGCACCUCAUGAUAGAUCUGAGUAAUUAAAUCCACCAUAAAUUUGGGACAAACUAUAUACACUUUCAUCCUUUUUUCUGUGAUUUUGUUGAACUUUUCAACCCAGUAGAAUCCACCAGCAGUUUCCACCUAAGUUUAAAUGAAAGGAAGUUUCAAACAGAAGCUCAAAUUAUCUAAAAAUAUGUUUCAAAUACAAUUCAGUACUUUUGGGUCAGGUUAGGUUGAGGUUAAGUGGUUAAAAUUAUUUAAUUGGAUGAUUAUUUAGUUUAUUUUGAGAAAUCUUGACACUAUACACCAGUUUUCAUGACACUGAAAAUAUAUUCUAUAGUCCCUGAUGCCUAUGUCUGGCAACCUGCUGCAAUUCAUUUUUAUAAAAAUCUAUGAGAAUAUUGUUUUCUUCCUUUUUGGGAAUGCCUUAUUCUCCAUUUAAAAAACUCAAUUCCACUUAAAGUGCGAACUGACUAUCUUUCAGCUUAAAAAAAGCAAAGCAUUGUCUGUUAUACCACCCUGCAGGCCAACUUGCAGUAUUUAGACAGCAGACAUACACGCUUUUGUUAUUCAACAUACUUUGUUUUUAUUUCUCUCGUAGGAAUUUGAUCGGAAAGAUCAAAAAUGUGGUAGUGCUAAUGAUCAUACAAUAACACAUAAAUAUUUUUUGAGAAAAGGGGGCAAAAUGUGUUCAGGAUGAUGAACAGUUUUAUAUAUAAACACUACAGACACAUGAGAGUUUUCUUUAUUUUUAACAAGGGAUUUCAGGCAAACUCCAUGACUUCAAUGUCAUAACAAGAGACUAUUCAUGGAGUGUAACCUACUGUGAAGUAUAUGGAUCUUGUACACAAGCCAUGAGGCUGUCUGUGUAGGUUAGUUUAAUCUAUUAUCUACUAAAGCUGUAGAUUUUAAAACAUUACACCAGGCUUCCUCAGUUCUGAUGACUGGUGGUCAGUCGCAGGCAUUCAAAUCUCACUUCAUCACUCUGUCACAUGAGAGUUCUUGACACUUAGUUGAUGUCUUGUAGAAGAUAGAUCGACAAAAUGUCUCUUUGGGACAAUCUCAAAAAUGUACGAGAAUCCUUUUCAAAUUGAAAUCCAAUAAAUGUUUGAUGAUAACACAACAGCAGCAACAUUGUAGUUAGCACUGCCAUACAGUAUGUAGUUUAUUACUAUAUGACAAGAUCUUGGAAAUAAUACGAUCUUCCAACAGUUCUGUUGGUGCAGUUUGGCAGCUAGUCAAUCUGUGCUCCAUCAGUCUUUUGUAAUCACUUUACACUUAUGGAAACGACUCUAACAUGAAAUGAAGAAUCCACUCAGCUCUUCUGUCCUGUCUACUCUAUGACCAUCAGUUAAGCAAGACUGUAUACAUAAUGCAGACACUCAUAGCGUUGCUUCCCUAAUGAAAGACUUGCUGGAAGCGUCCCACUGUGUCACCCAACCCUCUCUCUUUCACUGCACUCUUGCCCCUUUUCUCCCUCAUUGACAAAACCUUUGUUGUCUUUACUCUGCAAACUAAAAGCCAACCACUGUGCAGCACCUAGUACCUGUGCUUUCACACGGUCCUCUUAUUCUGACACAAAGGAGACAGAAUUCUGAUAACAAUUAACAACUUCACUGACAACAACUUGCCAAAUAUAAUGUUUACGUUUUUACAAUACUGUGUAAAGUAAUUUAUAUGAUAUUGAUUUUGUAUGUAGAGGGGACCACACUCAAUGCUUUAUUUUUAAUAGAUAUAGAAUUUAGUAUAGAUGUCAAAAAAAAAACAAGGAUCACCUUAAACGCUGUGUAACAUGCUACUUCUGCAAAACAGUAUAGGCUUAUUGUAUUAGUGUUACCUAGCUAGGGAAGGAUAGAGGAUAUUAUCUAUUCCUUUGUCAUCUUGCUUAAUGUAUUUUAUGUACAGUAGUAAUAAAAAACUAAAAUGCAAACUCAAAGAUGCAUUUCUUUUAUUGCUGUUGUUGACUCAUCUUCAUUUCUCAAACAGUAGUUGUCAAUUAUCAUUUAAGGCACUCAAAUCAGUGAUAGUCUUAAUCAUUACUGAUUGCUUAGGCAGAGGAUCCUCUUAUCUACUGUAUCCAUUUUGGGUUCAAAUGAUUUUUCAUCUUGAGCUGAUAUUUAUAGUAUUUAGUGACACUUUACUUUAGGUCCCCUAUUAAGCAUUUA